AGGUACUUUCGUCAAUCACGUGGGUCAGUUGUCAGGAAGUAAAUCUUUAUUUCUCUGAGUUUUUUUUUUUUAAUUUAUUUAGUCUAGUUUGACCUUUUCCCAUUUUCUUUCUUUAACCUUUUCGUGAUUCGGACUUUUGUUUCUUCUCGCUUAAUUUAUUGUUGCGUCAUUUUCGCGCGACUGUAGCAGCAGCAGUUGUUCCUAAGCUAGCGGUCAGUGGAAGCAUGAACACCUUGGUGAGCAAGUUUGACCAUAAAUGGAUCAGUUUAACCUUACGACAACCUUGGAUGCCAUCUAUAUCAGCUUCCAAGUUGCUGCAAAAUCAAGAAUGCAGCCAACGUCAUCACAAAAAGGUGUGGCACUGUCUGCAGGUCCGACUGUCCACACUUCCUCCAGAGCCUGUCAUCCCGUCUAAGAAGCCUUUCAAGGUGGACGUCGUUGGCGGAAAGCGUUACUCGUGGUGCAGCUGUGGACACAGCAAAAAACAGCCUUUCUGUGACGGAUCCCACAAAACCAGAGCCCCUGGCCUGUCUCCUCUACGCUUCGUCCCGGAAAAAGACUCCACGGUUUUCCUGUGCGGCUGCAAGUACACCAACAGCCCGCCGUACUGUGACGGCACGCACAAGCAGGAGUUCAUCGCGUCUGCGCCACUGCACGAACAAACGGAGGCUUAGACGAGGAGGCUGGCGGAGGAAGGGACGACGUCGAUGUGAGAAUUAAUCUGCUGCUGCGUGAGAACGAGGCAGAAAAACAAAAACAAAAAAAAAAAAGUCUGAUACGUUUCAAUCUCACUUGCACAGACAUUUCUUCAACGUGACCAGAGUGUAUGAUCAGAUAUAUGUGUUAACAUAGAACAUAGACAAUCCAGUCUGCUGGAAAUAUAACAUCUCUCCUGAAGCACUGAAGGAGGCGUUUCCACCUUUUCAACGCUGCCGCCCGCAUGGACCCUGCCUUCGCUGUUUGAACUGUAGCUUGUUGGGACUAGACACUAGAUGUGCAACACCCAGAGACAUUCCUAUUUAAACACCAACUCAGCACCAGUCUGUCAGAACUGAGAAGCUACUUGGAUGAAAUGCGUGUAAGAUAUAUAUAUAAAUCCACUUACCCUUG